UCAAGAGGGGUCAGAGUGAGAACUCCAGCUAAGGUUCAGACAGGUGUUUUGUGGCCCAGGGAGGUUGGGGCUGGCCCUGGAAUUCCCAGGAAUAUGGAAGAAGCCACUUAUCUGACAAACAGAGGAGGAAACUGAGGCUCACAGAGGUCACCUUGUUUGGUUCGGCCCUUUUGGGGAACACACUGUGAACGCCAGCUGGAUUGCAGUCCAGGAGCUGGAGAAGCUGGGGCUCGGUGACAGCGUGGACCUGCAUGUGUAUGAAAUUCCAGUGGAGUACAAGACAGUCCAGAGGCUCAUCCCUGCCCUGUGGGAAAAACACAGUCCACAGCUGGUGGUGCAUGUGGGGGUGUCAGGCAUGGCGACCACAGUCACGCUGGAGAAGUGCGGGCACAACAAGGGCUACAAGGGGCUGGACAACUGCCGGUUCUGCCCCGGCUCCCAGUGCUGUGUGGAGGACGGGCCUGAAAGCAUUGACUCCAUCAUCGACAUGGAUGCUGUGUGUAAGAGGGUUACUACACUGGGCCUGGAUGUAUCAGUGACCAUCUCACAAGAUGCUGGCAGGUACCUCUGCGACUUCACCUACUAUACCUCUCUGUACCAGAGUCACGGCCGCUCAGCCUUUGUUCACGUGCCCCCUCUGGGCAAGCCCUACAAUGCAGACCAACUGGGCCGGGCACUUCGGGCCAUCAUUGAGGAGAUGCUGGACGUUCUGGAGCAGUCAGAAGACAAAAUCAACUGUUGCCACAAACACUGAUUGCUGCUCAGGCCUCCCAAGACCUCAUCCUGGACCCUGAGAGAGAUGUCCGCCCUCCGGGGCCUGACCGGGAAGCACAAGCCCAUCAGCUGGGGAUCUGAUUUGGAUCACACAUGCCAACUUACACACCUCCUCUCCCUUUUUCUCUGCAAAAGCGCUGGUUGAUUUGAAGGCAACAGCUGAAGAUUUUUUCUCUGUUUCUCUUCACAUCUGGAGAUACAGCUGUGGCAGCCGGGAAGCCGGGAGGUCCUUAUUUCUGCAGAGAACCCCGAUCAGGUGUCUCUAUUCUGUGAUGCCACGGCUGGGGCCACCUGCUUUUCUAAGUCUGCGGUGGAGGGAUUCCAGAGUUUCCUCCGUCCAUGACUGGCUUUUCCCAAAUUUCAAAGCCUCACGAAGACUCUUUGCCCUGAUCCGUAUCCCAGCAGCCUGGACAGCUCCAGCAAGGGCUGCCUUGGAAUCUGGAAUGGCUUUUUUUCUUUCUUUCUUAUUCUCUUUUUAAAAACAAUAGUGCUAGUUGGAGCACAGAGUAAUUUAUAUUCCCUUUGGUUAAAAUGCAGGCUGUAGCCAAA